AUAAAGCAAACAAUAUUGUGUGUCAGGAAUUUGCGCAGGACGCAGUGGGGAUGGCUUGUCUGCUCCACAGUGUCUGAGCCCUCAGUUGGGGUGACCCCAGUAGCUGAUGAUGUCUGGGACAACUUGACUGGAUUCUGGCUGGUGGCUGGAUUUCUUGGUUCUUCUUUAUCUGGCAUCUGCUGGGCUGUAAUAUCCUACAUGGCUUUCUUACUCAUAUAUCUGGCACUUGGGCUAGGCUGAGUAGAAUGGCUGAGGGCUGGCUGGACAUCUUCCUCUUUCCACAUGGUCUCUCUGCUUGGCUAGUAUGGGCUUCCCUAGGUGGAGGUUGCUUUAUGACCUUGCCUGGGAAGUCAUGGAGCCAACACUUGUGCCUCAGUCUAUUGAGUAUACAGUCAGACUACAUUCAGUAUGGGAGAUGACUACACAAGAGCAUAUAUACUGGGAGGCUUGAUUAAUUGGGGGCAGAAGGGGAGAUCAUAUUUGGAGACUAAGGACUAUGUAAUCUAACUAUUAGUUCCACCAUAUAUAAAUUAUCCGAAUGUAUUCUUUGACUGUCCUGAGAAACACUUCAUUCUAUAUUGCCCCUUGGAUAGUCUAUAGGGUGCAAAAAGGCUAUGAAGAAUUGGUAGUACAAUUGAAACAGUACAGUUGUCCCUCAGUAUCUAGAGGGGAUUGGUUCCAGGACCCCCCUCUUCCCCCACUUCCCCCACCUGCAGACACCAAAAUUCACAGAUGCUCAAGCAGUUGUAUAAAAUAGCAUAGUAUUUGCAUAUAACCUGUGUACAUCCUCCUGUAUAUUUUAAAUCACCUCUAGAUUACUUACAAUACCUAAUACAAUGUAGAUGCUAUGUAAAUAGUUGCCUGUGCUUGGCAUAUUUAAGUUUUGCUUUUUUGGAACUUUCUGGAAAAUUUUCUUUUCGUCCAUGGUUGGUUGAAUCUGAGGAUGAGGAACCUGUGGAUACAGAGGGCCGACUAUUUAUUUUUGUUUAACCCAGUAUUUCUCAAGUUUAUAUGAUUCUGGGAACCUCUUAACGUCCCAUGGAACAAGUGUUUUCAGGUUCUGGUUGUCUUACACAAUAGUGUUGCUAAGAAAAAUAUGUUUCUAAAAUAUGUUUCUAUGGUACAAUCUUAUCUUUGGUUUACUCUUGAGAUCCACAAUUUGGAACCAGUCAUGCACUUCAAUAAGACGUUUGAUAAUCUCAAGGUGCGAGUAAAAGAGGGCAGACAGAGACAAUGGGAGUAAAAGAAAGGCAGAAUGGCUUAAAUUUGUCUGGGUCUUGACUUAACUUGAGUCACUUGUUCAGGCUUUACUACAUAUAUAUCUACUUUGGAAUUAUUUUACUUAAUUAUUCAUUGAUAUCUGUCUUGUACACUCUACUCCUAUGGUACAUACUCUUGUAGAAUAGUUUAUGGGAUAGAUUUCUUGGGAAUUUUAAUUUUAAUUGGAACUUCAAUUCAUUUGAUUUUGAGAAUUUAAUGACUGUCUGUGAAAUAAUUUGGGGCACCCCUCAGAAUUAGAAUUUGGAAUCACUGCAUUAGGAGAAGGGAUAGAUAGGAGGUAUGAUGAUUUUAUUUAAUAUGAAGAUUCCUUAUGGAAGAGAGACAUAGUCAAGAGAAAAGCAGUACAGUACAGGGCAUAAGUGUUGGAGUCAGAGAAACUUCUAGCUCUGCUACUUGCCAGCUGUAGGAUCUUGGACUACUACUACAGAUUAAUCCUUCUGAGCCCCAUUUCCUCAUUUUUAACAUAAGAGACUUCAGCAUAUAUGAUUGAAGAAGAGCUAAGGGAACAGCUAAGAAAGAAACAAGAAGCUCUGAAGCAUUUUCAGAGACAAGUCAAACGCCGAGUAAAUCAGCAAAUUAGGCUGAGAAAAAAGCAACAACUUCAGAGGUCUUAUGAAGCCGCAGAAAAAGAAGGCUCUAUAGCCAUGCACUCUUCAGAUCCAGCAAACUUAACUCUUAAAAGAACAAGUGUUUUUCCAAACCAUUUGAAUGCUGCUAUUGGAAGUGCUAGGUUACCUCCUUCCCGGAAGCUUGAGGAUGGAAUAGAAGAUAGAGAGAAUCAGAAUGAACUAUUCCAACAACAAGCCCAGGCUCUUAGUCAAACCAUGAAAGAAGCACGUCAACGGCUGGCAUCAUUUAAAACUGUGAAUAAAAAAAAUGCAUCGGUGUUUCCAGAUGAUCGAAAGAAAAACUUUCCCACCCAAGAGGAACCUGACACUGAGGAAUCUUCAUCUAUUAUGAUAGAUAAGAAAGGGAAAAAGAAUUUGUCUUGGGGGGACCAGCAGGAUCUCCUUUUUGAAGACAAGGAUAUACCUUUCAGCACAGUUCAGAAAGUACAAUUCAAAAAUCCAUUAUUUGCUGUGAUGGAAGAGGAAGAGGUAAGGCAGUUACACCAGGAUGUUCUGCCAGAAGCCCAGGAUUAUCUUCCAGAAGCCCCAGGUGACCUGCUGCAAACCCAGGGUGAUUUGACAGGCGUCUGCAGUGUUGAGCUGGAAGCCCAGAGUGUUGAGCUGAGGCUCGGUACCCAGGAUAUCAAGCUGGAAGGCCAAGCUGUUGAGCCCAAAGCCCAGGCUGUUAAGACCAAAACUCAGAGUGUUAUGCUGAAAGAUCAGAGUGUUGAACUAGAAGAUGGGAAUAUUGUUUUGGAAGUCCAAGAUUUUCUACUCCAAAACCAGGUUUUUCUACCCACAGACCAGCAUAUUCUUCCCAAAGACCAGAAUGUUCUACCCAAAUGCCAGGACCAGGAUUUUCUACCCACAGACCAGCAUGUUCUUCUCAAAGACCAGAAUGUUCAACCCAAAUGCCAGGACCAGGAUUUUCUACCCAGAGAUCAGAAAGCAAAUUUGAAGCCGCCAGCAUCAGUUUUGAUAGGUAGGAGUCGGGAAGAGGUGCUUCCUCUGGAUGUCCAUCAAGAUCUUCUACACAGGCAUCAAGAUCAGGCCUUCAUCAACGGCAAGAAGGUACGCUUCAAGGAGUCAUAUUGUGAUAUGACAAAUGAGAAAGGGAGAGAAGACUUUUCUCUGGCAGGUUAUCAGUAUCUGCCUCCUAAACUUCAGGACCAGGCCUUCAUCAGAGAUCAGAACAAGUGUAUCAAGCAGCCCUCAUCUUUUGAGAAAUGGGAGGUUGAAAGACGAGUUGCUUCUGAAGUGCCAUCGCACAGGAACUGUGGGCAGGCCUCACAUAAUAUGACAGAUGAGAGAUGGAGAAAGGAGUUAUUUCUGGAGCACCAUGAAUAUGUUUUACAUGAAAUCCAGGAUCCAGGCUCCACCAGAGAGCAGAGCUUACGCUCCAUACGGCAACCGUCUGCUGGAACAGCUGAAAGAUGGCAAGCAGGUUUGCUUCCGGCUGGCCAUCAGCAUCUUCCACCCAAGCACCAGAGAGAGGCUCCCAGCAGCAGACAGGUUGGUGGUGAAUAUCAAUCAGGAUUGAACACUGAAUUCCAAACUCCACUGGCACUUCAGUCAGGAGUAAGUCAAGAGGAAGACAAGAAAGAGCGUCAAAAGCAGUACCUGAGAUAUAGACGACUUUUCAUGGAUAUUGAAAGAGAACAAGUGAAAGAACAACAGAGGCAAAAAGAACAUAGGAAGAAAAUUGAAAAAAUUAAGAAAAAGAAAGAGCAGCAACGUUAUGCUGAAGAGCAGAGGAUAUUAAGAAUGAACUUUCAUGAAGAGCCAUAUUCAGGGGAGAAGAUGAGUGAGAUACUAGCCCAGCUACAACUUGAGGAAGGAGCCAGAGAAAAACAACAGAAAGAAAAGGAACACCAAAGAUAUGUAGAAGCUUUAAGAGCCCAGAUCCAGGAGAAAAUGCAGCUGUAUAAUAUUACUUUACCUGCACUAUGCUGCUGUGGUCCUGAUUUUUGGGAUGCUCAUCCUGAUACCUGUGCCAACAAUUGUAUUUUCUAUAAAAACCACAAAGCAUAUACCCGGGCACUAUAUUCAGUCAUCAAUUCCUGUGAUAUCCCUGAAGGGAACUCAACUCUUCGAGUCGCCAUUCAUAAUUUUGCUUCUGCACACAGACGGACUUUGAAAAAUCUGUAAUAAGAAUCUGAAAUCAACUUAGUAUUUCAACCUUCAUUUAAAGUCAACCCUGAGAGAUUAUUUACAAAAAGCUGUUAAAGUUUAUAAGAUGUGUAAUCUGAAAAGAAAGACUGUUCCACAUAAUAACAGCUAUCACUGUAAUUAGAUCAUGACCAUUGUUUCACUCUGUGCUUGGCACCAAGGUUGAAAGUUGGCUUCCAAACUUGUCUCUUUGCUGUAAACCACAUGGACCACGUUGCUUUAAAAAUGAUCAGUCAAACUGGUAAGGUUUCUCUCACUUUGCUCCGCUCUGAUCAGAAGAGAUUAUUAGAAAUCUUUGAGAUUAUCUCAUUUAUUGUCUUUCUAUAUCUGUACUUUGAGUCUUGACAAAAUUGAAAAUGUCUGGAUGAAGCAAAAGAGAAGAUGAUGAAAUGAGUUUCUGAGCCUCAGUGGCCAUCUGUUUUGCUGUUAACUUUUCUAGUUGUAUAUAACAAUUAGAGAUGAGAACAAUCUGAAUUUGAUGUAUGUUUUCUUUUCUCAAAAAUUUUUCUCUCCUGUUUUUUAAUUUAUUCCCUCUUUCCCCAUUUGGUGACAAUGGACAUA